ACAACACAAAGCUUGCUAUCUACUCUCUCCUUUAGUGUCUCCCCCCCACCCCUUCUCUAAAAACACACACACACAAAUCUAAGAGCGUUGUUCAUUUCGUUUUGUGAAGGAAAAAUGCUGAAUCUAGCUCAAAAUGUGGUACACAAAGUGGCAUCAUCUGUGCAGCACGUUGAGGAAGAGAUUCUUGGGCUGUUUACCAUGACUGAUAAUAAGAUCAUGGACCUCAUUUAUGCUACUCAUGUUCAUGCUGAUGAAACCUUCGAUGAUGAUUCUCUUUUCAUCAUCGUCGAAAACAUCCUCAAGCGUGCUACCCAAAUUGUUGACAAAGUUGUGCAGGGUAGCCAAGUACAUGUGGAGAACAUUGAGGAGCAGACCCCUAAACCCAACUUCAGUGUUCCUCUGUGCACACUUAAGCAAAUUGGCUGCGAGCUUUCAUGCAAGGCUCCUGGUGAGGAUGUUGCACACAAAACAACACUGUCAAUACUAAACAAGCUAUCAACCUAUUCAUGGGAAGCAAAGUCAGUGCUUGCUCUUGCGGCAUUUGCCAUGGAAUACGGCGAUUUCUGGCUUCUUGCUCAGCUUCAACACACAGAUCACCUUGCCAAAUCAGUGGGAAUACUGAAAAGAGUGCCUAUUCUCACUAAGCCUGCUGACCUUCACAAACGCCGGCAAGCAAUUCUUGAACUGAACAAUCUCAUCAAGGCCACACUUCAGGUCAUCGAAAUCUUCGACCAGUUCGAUAAGCUCUCGGCUUAUGAUCCAAAAGAUAUACCAGGGCUGUCAAUUGCAAUGGACCAUAUCCCAGUUGAUGUCUACUGGUCAAUUUUAACAAUAGUUGCUUGCUCAACCAAGCUCACUAUUCUCUCUAGUGAUGAGCCGGACAAGCCCCAUGAUCUAUCCCCUUAUUCCCAGAAGAUCCACUACAUACUCAACAAGCUCAAGAUCCAGCUCAUUGUUUGCAGAAGACAAUUAGAGGAGGCAGAGACUUACCGGAAGCUGAGGAAAAUGGUACAAACCCCAACAGAAGUGAUGGAGGUCUUUAAGGCACUGACAUUUACCAAGGAUAAAACACAGCCCCUCAUAGAUGGUUCAACUAACAAAACGGUUAACAUUGAGGUGCUGAGGAGGAAGAACAUAUUCCUUUUCAUCUCAACGCUUGAAAUCACAGAAGAAGAUAUUUCCAUUGUAAAACCAAUUUAUGAAGGAACUAGGAAAGACGAUCGUUACAAGAUUGUGUGGAUCCCAGUGGUGGAGCAGUGGACCAUUGAACUUCAAAAGAAGUUUGAGACCCUGAGGUCUAAAAUGCCAUGGUUCACCAUCCAAUCCAUAUCACCAACGGUAGGCAUCAAGUUCAUCAAGGAAGAGUGGCAUUUCAAAGGCAAGCCAGCAGUGGUGGUGAUGAACCCACAAGGGAAAGUAGAAAACCCCAAUGCACUCCAUCUCAUCAGGCUAUGGGGAAUGAGAGCUUUCCCUUUCGACAAGGCUGCUGACGAAACUUUAUCCAAAGAAUUGACUUGGAUUGGCCCUGUUGUCAACAACAUUGACCCUAUUAUUCAAACUUGGAUUAAAGAGGAAAAAUACAUCUUCUUCUAUGGAGGCCACGACAACGAGUGGAUCCAACAGUUCACAAAGAGAGCCACAACACUUGCAAACGACCCAGUCAUCAAGGAUUCGAAGAUAAAGAUUGAGAUAUUUUGCAUCGGAAAGAGUGGUAAAGGAGGUGAAGACCAUGGAAUUAUAGGUAGGUUCUGGUCUGGAAUAGAGAGCUUGUUCUUCACAAAAGUUCACAAACAGGUCGACCCAGUUACCCAAGAGAUCCAAAAGCUGCUUUCCUACAAGAACGAGAGCGGUUGGGCAGUUCUGAGCAAAGGGUCCUCCGUGGUGACUGCUGGUCACGGGCUCACAAUCUUGAGGGUUUUGGAAGAUUUUGAGAAAUGGAAGGAGGUUGCGAGGGAAAAGGGCUUCGAGUUCACCUUCAAAGAGUACCAUAAUAGAGUUAUUCAGUCCGUCCGCCAUUGUUGCCGGCUUGAUAUCCCAAGUGCGACUGGUAAAACUCCAGAAAUUAUGAAAUGCCCAGAAUGUCCUCGUACCAUGGAGAUGUUCAUCAGCUACAAGUGCUGCCAUAUUGAUGGCCCAGCGGCUGGCCGUCACUAAAUGGGUCGGGUCUCUCUCCUUUCUAAAAUGGGUCUGUUUUUUCGGGUCAAGUAGUUUAUAUUAUGCUUCUUUUUUACUUUUUGGGUGCUGAAAUAAAUUACAAUGGGCAUUUGCAAUUAAUACUAUUUGUCUGUGGUAUAAUUGCAUGCUGGAUGGUUUUUAGUAUCAGUGUUUUGCAGUUGGUCCAGAGGGGUGUCUUCUCCGUAGGAAAAAAAAUAUCCCUCAGCACGUUGCUUUUGUACGACUACUUCUAUAAUGAAGCUUAUCUUUUAUGGUUUUUGUUUU